UUCUCGGCCAGUUCGAGCUCCAGCGGUGGAAAUUUGAAGCCCGGGAUGAUUCUGCCCAACACAACGGUGCCGACGCCCUUUCUGACCGCGCUGUGGCAGGGGACGGUGGCGCAGGGUGGCAACACGUCUGGCCUGGCCCGCAGGUCACCCCGCAGUGAUGAUGGCCAGCUGGCGGCACUCUACAUCCUCAUGGUGCUCGGCUUCUUCGGCUUCUUCACCCUGGGCAUCAUGCUGAGUUACAUCCGCUCCAAGAAGCUGGAGCACUCCCAUGACCCAUUCAACGUGUACAUCGAGUCUGACUCCUGGCAGGAGAAGGGCAAGGCGUACUUCCAGGCCCGGGUUCUGGAGACCUACAAGGCGGGUUACGUCAUUGAAAACCAGUUGGCGGUGGAACGACCCCACACACACCUUCCCGAGAUAAAACCUUUGUCAUGACCCCACGAUUGGUUAAAACUGGGCCAAUCCUACCUGGCGAUC